AAGCGUUCGAGUCAAGCGUAACUCAGAUCUCGGAGCUGCAUUUGAACAAUUAUGGUGAAAUAUUACACAAUCGCAAUACUGAUACUAGUCGUAAUCCAGCUAGGAGAUGCCAGUCCUCCUCGAAAGCGAAAAAUCAAAAUUCCCCAACCACCCGCUCCUACAUGUCCUUCUGAAGCCCGUUGCUAUCGAGGAAAAUGUUGGACAGUAUGUGGACUAAUUGAUCAAUGGUGCUAUAACACUGCAAGUUCCUAUAAAGGAGGCCCCAUCGCACAUUGUAAGAAUGAAUCCGACUGUGACCGGUGCUGGAAAUGUGCCACACCAUGCAGUUGGUGAUCUGAUUCUUUUAAUGGUGAAUUCAAAUAAACAUUGAAGACAUUAAAAAACAUAAAAAAAAAACCUAUUUAUGUUGGAUGCUUUCAGAGAGCAAUAGCAAGGCAGCAAAAAGAACCUUACCAAUAGUGAGAUAAGUAGCAGCAUGUGGGGCAGAUUAAUAUAAAUAAAACUGGACAAACGAUACUGAUUCAUAGGGGAACACUUGUACGGAAAUACCACUGAUGCAUUCAACUAGUUGAAAUCAUAAAUAAUAAGUGGAAACCAUGCUAAUUUCUCACAAAGUGAACGGCCCCAACUCUGACAGCUUGUCACCCAGCAACAGUGAUGAGUUCCCUCAAUCCUCGAAUCCAUCUACCUCUAGCUCAUUGACAGCCUCGACAGCGUCGUUGCAACACCAAGAGCCAGUUGAGCAUCGUCCUGGUCCUGGUCUCUUACUAUUUCCCGGCACCGCUCAAAGGCAUCAGCAUAAUCCUGCGGCAGGGACAAAAGCGACAACAGUCCAAAAAACAUCGGCAAGGACAGGAGCAUCGGCAAAUGCUAAUGCUGAUGACGACAACAACGUGUCCAUUAAUCAGAAAAGACGCAGCGUGCGCAGCUUUCGACGACCGCCGCUCUGGCAGAAGCCAGCCAAACGCCAGGAAAACAAAAAGUUGGAAACCGAAAAGGACCAGGACGAAAAGCAGCUGCAGGCAGACCUAGAAUGGGAUAAACGUCGCAUUUGCCUGGCAAAGGUCCAGGCGUUCAUAAUCGAAUUUCUGCAGGGUUCCUCGAUACAUGGUUUCAUCUAUUUGGCCAAACUUGGUUUAAAUUUUCUCGAACGAAUGCUUUGGUUUGCCUUCAUCUGUGUGGCCCUGUUUAGCAUCAUCUCGUUGAGUAAACGCACUUGGCUACGUUUUCAGACCUCACCCAUGGUCAUAUCGAUGGAUAGAAACAAAUUGGUAUGGAAUACAAGUUUCCCAUCGCUCACUGUUUGUCCACACAAACGCAUCGAUGAACUGAAGGUGGAGGAUUACAUACUUGCACACGCCGAACAUUUUCAGUCCGAGGAGGAUCAAGAGGACUUCCGUGAUUUUAUUGUCAAACUUGCCAGUCUCACAUAUGACAAUUUGGAAACAUUGCCGCUGAACAAAUCGUUUGGCAUUCCGAGUGACAAGUACUUGCAGUUGCUUUAUGAAUUGAAAUGGCCCUUUGAACCGGAAAUUAGCAGUGGCGCCGCCGUAAAAAUGCUUAUACACGAGACACAAACGGAGUUUGGCAUUUGCCAUUCUGUUAACUCGAUGGUCGCACGCUACAAUGCCUUUGACUACUGGCGUUCUGGUGAUUGGAGUAUUUUAGAUCAUGGUGAUCGUGUCACAGUUCAUCCUCUGGAUGGUGAAAUCUAUGCCCAAAUUAUAAAUCUCUCAACCGCUUAUGAUGUAUAUUUUCAUGGUUCUGGUGACGUACCGAAUAUAUCCAAGCAACGUUAUACAUUUCCGGAAAGUGAUUACACCACAGUGGAAUUGAUUGCCCUAGAGAUCUACACCAAUGAAGAGGCUCGAGCAUUUACCACCAAACAGCGCAGUUGUCGCUUCAAUUACGAGGCAGAGGAUAUGCAAACUGUACCGAUUUAUAGUUUUGGUCUUUGUCUCUCGGAAUGUCGGAUGUUCUUUUCAUUGAAAAUUUGCGGUUGUAUACCACAUUUCUAUCGCAAUCGCUUGCGGAAUGGUCGUCGUUUACCGGUAUGCGGUUUAGAGGGCAUCGGUUGUCUGGUCAAAAUUAAACGUGAAAUAAUCUCCUUAAAAUCGGAUAGAUAUAAAAUCAACUGCAAUUGUUUGGCAAAUUGUGAUGAUUCCAACUUCUUUGUUCAAUCCCAUCGUUCGCGUGUCUGGUUCCUGGGAGCUAAUUUACAAUGGGGAAUUAUUGAUUAUCCCAAAAUGCAGCUGCGUCGCGAUGUUUUGUUCUCCUUUGCCGAUGUUUUGGUUUAUAUCGGUGGUCUUGUUGGGUUCUUUUUGGGCUGCAGUGCCUUGAGUUUUACGGAAAUUGUCUAUUAUUUUACAGCUCGGCUUGUGCGACGCAUGUUUUUCAACUAAACCGACACAAACAUGUUUUUGCUUCAUCACAUAACCUAAAAAUUUUACACAUAACCUCAAAAAUGUGUUGGGCACACUAGCUUUAUUUAAUAUUACUGUUAAUUAGUUGUUUAAACAAAUCAUUUCUGGUACACUUUUGCUUAUUAAACAAAUAUUUCUUAGAAUCUAUGCUUCAU